AUGGAGAUACCAGCGAGACAGCGUUUCAGCCAGGGUCUUUUGAAGAAAAUUUACCACGGAAAGAUUCGGAAUCGUCGUACACAACGGCUUAUCAAGGCCGAGGAAGUCUUCAAAACCUUCCCCAAUCCGGUUCGAUUGAAUGAGAGACGGCUCAUAUGGGAAAAUUUGGUUCUCAUGGUUUGGAUUGAAGAAUUCAUUCUCCUCUCAAAGAUCUGCUCUAACAAGGAAGGCAUGUGCCCAUUUUUUUCGGUUUGCUAA